AUGCUGCUACCUGACCCAUUUGCUGAUUCAGGCCCACUACAGUGCCAGUUUCAUCAGGGCGCAUAUAUGCAGGAUAAUCAAGCCUUGCAUGAACACUGCAAGGCAUUAGAGCUGCGGGAAAUUCAAUUGACCACUGAGCGUGAUACCAUCAAGUCGAUGUUUGAACAUCUCGCAAGUGCCAUUCAGCUGUCCAAACCCGAUCCAUUCAAGCUCCAUGAUUCGAAGGCUAUCAUCCUGACAUCUCCUGGAUCCAGUUGCCCUACCCGCAGGCAAUAUCCCAAGAUACAGUUCUGGUCCCAGGACAACUUUAUGAGCUGGCUCGAUACUGCCAGUAGCCAAACCACUGAUCGCGGGAAGAUUCCAUAUCUCGAGGAUGAAAACGGGGAUCCAGUCCCUGAAAACACAGUCAAAGCAAUCCGCAAGCCUCUCCAGGGUGGAUGGUCUGAGCUUUUAAAUCAAAAAAUAGUGCCACAAUCUUGGGGGAAGGUGACUGAUUCUGCGAGACAGCUUAUACACAUGCUGAUGGAAGAUGCAUACCAAUUUUUUAAGUUUGCUGAUGACGGUUGGAAAUUAGACUAUCUCGCAACAACCUCAUAUCCUUCCUGGCGCCGCAAUGAUCUUGACAGUGAUGACCGAAAAUCUCGAGACAACGUCAAGAAAGAGGACAAUGACGACGAUGACGACAACGACACCAACAGCAAUGAGCAAACAGGCAAGAAACGCAAGUGGUCAAUGGCAUCUAUUGAGCCCAAGGUUUCCAGCAAGAAAAUCCAAGUCAAGGGUGCAUGUAAUUAUUGUUACAGUUCUUCUCUAUCUCCACCCUUAAGCACCCCUGCAGCUCUACCUGCGCCUGUUGUCGAUGUCCCUGGGCCUGAGAACACGCCAUCAAGCCCCGAUCUUGACUCUGCUGACACCACUGAACCUAUCGAGAACACUAUCGGACCUCUUGCCACCACCGAGAACACUACCAAACCUCUUGUCAACACCAAUAACACUACCGAACCUCUUCCCAACACUGAGAACACUACCAAACCCCUUGUUGACACCAAGAACACUGCUGAACCUCUGAUUGACUUGGACGAGACUGCGAUCACUGUACUAUCUAAUGCUAGCUCCAAGCCUCGGUCCACUCCUGCACCAAAGCCUCUCAGAAUCACACUUCCAAAUCCUCUUUCUGUAUUAGCACUCGCUGCUGCAAAAGUCGAUAUACCACCAUCUCCCCCAGCUGAAUUAGAUGUGAGUCCCCCCCUCGAGUCCCAUGGUCCUGGAGACCCUCCUCUAGAAGAUUGCACUGGCUCGAAUGCGAAGAAAGAGAAACUGAGUAAGGCCAGCGGCAAGGGCAAAAUGUGUCCGAGCCCAAAGCAUAAUGGACGGAAUUUAUGCACCCACCGCUGGCUCAAGCAAAUCAAGACAAACGGAACUACGGACAAGUUCUGUGUCUACUACGGCAGCCUCAAUGAAGAGCAGAGGAAGGAGUAUGACAAUGAAGCGAACACACUUGCUACCGAAAACAAAUGGAACAAGACUAUCAAUACAGGCAAGAUGUACUAG